CCGCUCCUCCUCCUCUUCCUGGGCUCCUCCUCACCGGCAACAGCCCGCUGCGCGCUCUGCUCUUCCAGCUCUGCGGACCGCAGCAGCCAUGGCCGACAUCAAGACGGGUAUCUUCGCCAAGAACGUGCAGAAGCGACUCAACCGCGCGCAGGAAAAGGUCCUCCAGAAGCUGGGGAAAGCUGAUGAAACAAAAGACGAACAGUUUGAAGAGUAUGUCCAGAACUUCAAGCGGCAAGAGGCAGAGGGUACCAGACUUCAGCGAGAACUCCGAGGAUAUUUAGCAGCAAUCAAAGGCAUGCAGGAGGCCUCAAUGAAGCUCACCGAGUCACUACAUGAAGUCUACGAGCCAGAUUGGUAUGGACGGGAAGAUGUAAAGAUGGUUGGUGAGAAGUGUGAUGUGCUGUGGGAAGACUUCCAUCAAAAACUAGUGGAUGGGUCCCUGCUGACACUGGACACCUACCUGGGCCAAUUUCCUGACAUAAAGAAUCGCAUCGCUAAGCGCAGCAGGAAGCUCGUGGAUUAUGACAGUGCUCGCCAUCACUUGGAGGCUCUGCAGAGUUCCAAACGGAAGGAUGAGAGUCGGAUCUCUAAGGCAGAAGAGGAGUUUCAGAAAGCACAGAAAGUGUUUGAAGAGUUCAAUGUUGACUUACAAGAAGAAUUACCAUCAUUGUGGUCAAGACGAGUUGGCUUUUAUGUCAAUACUUUCAAAAAUGUCUCCAGCCUUGAGGCCAAGUUUCACAAGGAAAUCGCAGUGCUUUGCCACAAACUCUAUGAAGUGAUGACGAAGCUGGGUGAUCAGCACGCAGACAAGGCCUUCAGCAUUCAAGGAGCUCCCAGUGACUCGGGUCCUCUUCGCAUUGCAAAGACACCAUCGCCCCCAGAGGAGCCUUCACCCCUGCCCAGCCCAACAGCCAGUCCCAACCACACACUAGCGCCUGCAUCUCCUGCCCCAGUGCGACCCAGAUCACCUUCACAGACAAGGAAAGGGCCUCCUGUCCCACCUCUGCCUAAAGUCACCCCAACAAAGGAGCUGCAGCAGGAGAACAUCAUCAAUUUCUUUGAGGACAACUUUGUUCCAGAAAUCAAUGUGACAACACCUUCCCAGCAGAAUGAAGUCUUGGAGGUGAAGAAGGAGGAGACUUUGCUGGAUCUGGACUUUGACCCUUUCAAGCCUGACGUGACCCCUGCAGGUUCUGCUGCAGCGACCCACUCACCCAUGUCUCAGACAUUGCCUUGGGACUUAUGGACGACAAGCACUGAUUUGGUACAACCGACUGACUCUUCAAAAAGUCUUUCUAUGUGUAACCUGAUCAUAGAGGAAACUCCUGACACUGGUUUGGCUGAAGAGAUUCAAAGAUGUGAAACUGACAUAGGUGCAUUUAUCUGGGGCCCCCAUGCUAGGACAGACAGUGUCAUCCAGGAGAUGACCCCAAGUGGGUCUCGAGAAGACAUUGUCUGUCUCUCUGAAGCAGAGCGAGACAUGAGAUUAUCCACUGGGAUGCUGGCUUCUUCCGCUGACCAUUCUACUGUAGCUGACCAGGGAGAGGAUGCCCUGGGGCCAGCCCCUCCAGCUAGAAGUGAGCAGCUGUCCACAGAGCCUGAACCCCGGGCUGGAGUUUCUAUUCCUGCAUGCAUGGAGAUGGACCAGCCAUAUGCAUUACUUGACUCAGAGAUGCCAGACAUGGGAAAAGUUGACCUGCUCAAAGAAGGUCAUGAAGAAGCUAAAAUAUCAGAUGAAGAAAGUAAACAGAAACAGAAGGCUUCUGGAGAUUCGUUUAAUGGCUUCCCCCAGCCCCAGGACACUUCAUUAUUCACAGUGCAAACAGAUCAGAAUAUGGUAGGUGGCUUGGCUGAAGCUGAGCAGGCUCUAUCCAGAGAGCCCAAAGCAGAGGAGGCACCUGCCACCGCUGCUGUGCCUGCUGCCGGGCUGGACCUCGGACUAGAGAUGGAGGAGCCAAAGGAGGAGGCAGUGAUCCCUCCAGAAACUGAUGCCGAGGAGGCUGUGGGAGCUACAGUGCCAAGUGAGGGGGUUCCAGUGGAGAAAACAGAGGUGGAGAAAGCAGCCCUCCCUGCUGGAGAAGGAGAAAGUCCAGAGGGAGCCAAAACAGAUGCUGAAUGCACUGAGGGUGCGAGCAGCGAGAGCCUGCAACCAGCAGAGCCUGAAGGCGCUGCUCCUCAGGAGAAGGUCAUCCCUUCCGUUGUCAUCGAGCCAGCCUCCAACCACGAAGGCGAAGGAGAACACCACGAAGCCGCUAUGGGUACUGAAACGAGGGAGGCCACCGAGGACGCAGCUUCUCAGGGUCCAGGGGCUGAGAAGCAGGAACUGCCUACAGAGCCCACACCGCUGGAUUCUCAGGCUGCUCCAGCUGUGCCAGCAGAUGCUGUGGACUCAUCGCUGUCUGCAGGCGAUGCCGCUCAGGAGCUGCCUCCUGGCUUUCUCUACAAGGUGGAAACCCUGCACGAUUUCGAGGCAGCAAAUUCCGAUGAACUUAACCUGCAAAGGGGUGAUGUGGUGCUCGUGGUCCCCUCAGACUCAGAAGCUGACCAGGAUGCAGGAUGGCUGGUGGGGGUGAAGGAGUCAGACUGGCUUCAGUACCGAGACCUGGCCACUUACAAAGGCCUCUUUCCAGAGAACUUCACCCGGCGCCUGGAGUAGGGCGGCAGAUGGUGCAAAAGAGUCACGUGACUGGGCUUUUAACCCCCCCACGAAAUACGGAAGAGUUCACUUUUGCUACUACACUUUUAAUGAUUGACAGACUAGUGCUGGAUAAGACUUGGCAAGACCAAUCAAUAGAGCAUAUACGCAAAAACUGUAAGAGGAGGGGAAAUGGCAAAUUGAGGAGAGAGCCCUUAUUUUGUUCCCCGUGUUCAACAGAGGCUUGUUUGUGCUUUGUCUAACUGUGGACACUGGUACUUGAGUCCCCUCCCACCAAGUCUAAAGUACCUUCCUCCAGACCGGACAUUGACUUCUUUGCAUCAAGUGUGUGGUGUCGAGUGGCUGCCCUGCAGAUGUGAUGAAUUUCCCUGUAGUAAGGCAUCAUCUUACUCCCUUGCCCGAUGUGAGCACGUGCUCUCAUUCCCUUUCAAGUUUACCGUGUUUAAAACUAAACAGCUGCAAACAUUCUUUAACAGUCUUUUCCCAUCACCUCUAUACACAUAUGUAUGGACACACAGUCCCACACGCUGUUCCCAUGCCUGCUGGACCUAUGUGUAUGCAGAUGACUACAUAUACAUAGCUGAUUCUUCCCCUCUCCACUGUAGCUAUUUGCCUCUAAGUGUCAUUGAUACACGCAUUGCUCUUACUCCGUCUGGCAUUCCAGCUGCAGUUUUGCCUCAGUGCAAAACCACUCAUCCCAUUGCCAAAACAGUUGACAGUGUCUGUGUGUGUUGUGUGCAGUUUUCAGAGUGAUACAACAGAUAGCACGUCCAUGCUGCUGCCCCUUUGAAGAGAGCCCUGGCUGUGCAGCUGCCCAGCUACUAAGUUCAGAUAAACACAAGAUCUGGACCAGCAGCUAUGCAGUCCUCACUUCUGCCUUUAUGUGAUUGACUAGGUGAGGGGGGCGAAAGAACCUAUUUACAAAAGCUCCUCUAUUCCUCCACGUUAUAUUUAAGCAACUCAUCUUCACAGAUCAUUCUAAAAUGAGCGAAGUGAUAUAUGCUGUACCACAAACCAUCUGUAACAGUAAUGUUCUCAGUGCUGCGUCAUUCCGAAUAAACCUUUGGUAAUCUCCAAGUCACAUCGAUUCCUUUUCACG